UUUUUUUUUUUUUUUUUGAGACAGAGUCUUGUUCUGUCACCCAGGCUGGAGUGCGGUGGCACAAUCUUGGCUCACUGCAGCCUCCGCCUCCCGCGUUAAAACAAUUCUUCUGCCUCAGCUUCCCAAGUAGCUGGGAUUACAGACACAUGCCACUAUGCCCGGCUAAUUUUUGUAUUUUUAGUAGAGACAGGGUUUCACUAUGUUGGCCAGGCUGUUCUCAAACUCCUGACCUCAAGUGAUCCGCCCGUCUCAGCCUCUCAAAGUGCUGGGAUUACAGGCGUGAGCCACCGCAUCCGGACUCCCAAGUAAGAUUUCAUUAGAACACCUUGCCAUGAGUGUGCCUAAUAUACCCAAUGCAAUUAUUGCUGGAUUUUUAACAUACAACUCCUUCAAAUUAUUUAUUCAAAUAUUAUUUUGGAAUAUUAAAAAUAUAUUUUUAGAAUAUUCAUUCAAAUGUUUAGAGGUUUUUUUUUUCAAAAAAAUUUUUUUUUUUUUUUUUUGAGACGGAGUCCCGCUCUGUGACCCAGGCUGGAGUGCAGUGGCGCGAUCUCGGCUCACUGCAAGCUCUGCCUCCCGGGUUCACGCUAUUCUCCUGCCUCAUCCUCUCGGAGUAGCUGGGACUACAGGCGCCCGCCACCACGCCUGGCUAAUUUUUUUGUAUUUUUAGUAGAGACGGGGUUUCACCGUGGUCUCGAUCUCCUGACCUCGUGAUCAGCCCGCCUCGGCUUCCCAAAGUGCUGGGAUUACAAGCGUGAGCCACCGCGCCCGGCCUUUUCUAUUUUGUUAACACGUUCUUCAUGUGCUGAAAACUGAACAUUCAGUGGUUCACUCGUUCAGUAAACAGUUUUUGGGCACCUAAACUUGGUUGUGCUAGGCACUGGGUAAUCGAAGUUUAAGCCCCAAGUUCUUCCAAUAGCAAAUAGUACAGCUGCAUGCCACUAACUUCUUACACACAGGUGGGUGUCAUACAUGCCAAAUGAAAAUAAUUUUACCCUUUCCCUCUAUAAUUUCAAGUACACUUUCAAUUUUUGAUAUUAUAGCCUUAUUUACUUAAAUACUCUUCCAUCUCUUCUCUGCUUGUCUCCCUUUUUUCUUUUCUUUUUCUUUUUUUUUUUUUUUGAGACAAAGUCUCACUCUGUUGCCCAGGCUGGAGUGCAGUGUCACGAUCUUGACUCAUUGCAUCCUCCUCCUCCCAGGUUCAAUCAAUUCUCCCACCUCAGCCUCCUGAGUAGCUGGGACUACAGGUGUGCACUACCACGCCAGGCUAAUUUCUGUAUUUUUAGUAGAGACGGGGGUUUCACCAUGCUGGCCAGGCUGGUCUCGAACUCCUGACCUCAAGUGAUCCGCCUGCUUCGACUGUGAUUACAGAUGUGAGCCACCCGGCCCCCUUGUUUUUUAAAAUAAAGUUAUAAUAUUAGGUGGGAAAAAACACUUUAAAAGUAGUUCUGUCAACUAUUUUGGGGGCUGUGGGCCAGUCAUUUAAUCCAUCUGAACCUCAGUUUCCUCUGCUGUGAAAGGGUGAUACCCUCCCUGCCCUGUCCAUCUCCGUUGUUAUGGGGAUUAUGGAAGACGUUAUAUGUAACAUUAACAUCAGAAAUUUAAAUAUCCAGUUAAAGUGUAAAUGGACAUUAUAAAACAAUCUUUAAAAGAAACAAAGACACUAUAUAUAUAUAUGUUUAUAUAUAUAUGGCUUAUGCAUCACUAGCAUUUGGGUUUUCCGAAGCCCCAACGUGAAGUUUCACGAAAGUUGCAUUCCACGGAAGUUUGCUUCCAUGAUGGAUUUUUUACUUUGUACUCAGCUCCUGAAAAAGAAACUUCCUGGGUUUUCUUUUUUCCUCCUACGGUUUUGCAGCGGCCGGGCUGCUUCCUGUCAAGAGCCACUCUGCCAAGGCCCCGUCUCUAGAGUCUCUCCCCCUCCCCUUUCUCUUUCUUUCCAACACUUGCUACAUUGAGAGGCUGAUCCUGUGCAGAAGCCCUCCCUGCCUCGGCAGCGCGGCGCAGUGAGCAUGCUCGGCCUCCUGCGGGAAGAGGAAGCGGCCGCAUAGGAGUCAUGCCAAGCAUAGCCCGCAUGUCAGCGCUGCCGGCUUGCAGCGGGCUGUGAGCGGGGCCGGCGCCGCUUUGUCCUAGGAAACGGGCUGCGCGUUUCUUUUUCACUCUUUUCCAUUUCCAGGAAGGACUUGUAAGGACUUCUGAAACGCUGUUUUCAUACUCGAUCGGGGAUACAGUACAGACACCGUCUACCAGUAAGCCCUUGAAGGGUUUCGUGUGAGCUCGAUUUUUUUGUGCCUGAUUUUUUUUUUUUUUAACUUUUGCAUACUUGUUUUGAUAGUCUGAGGCUGGGCCUCUGCCUUUGUGAAGUUGAAGAGCCAGGAGCUACUCAGCAACAAUUGAUUUUUGAAACUUAACUCUUUUGGGGCAAAAGCAAAGAGCUGGUUUUCUUUGCUAGCCCAAUAAAUGCUAUUUAUGAAGAUGGACCUGUUGAACUAUCAGUACUUGGACAAGAUGAACAACAAUAUCGGCAUUCUGUGCUACGAAGGUGAAGCUGCUCUCAGGGGAGAACCCAGAAUGCAGACCCUGCCGGUGGCCUCUGCCCUCAGCAGUCACCGCACCGGCCCUCCCCCAAUCAGCCCCAGCAAGAGGAAGUUCAGCAUGGAGCCAGGUGACGAGGACCUAGACUGUGACAACGACCACGUCUCCAAGAUGAGUCGCAUCUUCAACCCCCACCUGAACAAGACUGCCAAUGGAGACUGCCGCAAAGACCCCCGGGAGAGGAGCCGCAGCCCCAUCGAGCGUGCCGUGGCCCCCACCAUGAGCCUGCACGGCAGCCACCUGUACACCUCCCUCCCCAGCCUUGGCCUGGAGCAGCCCCUCGCACUAACCAAGAACAGCCUGGACGCCAGCAGGCCAGCCGGCCUCUCGCCCACACUGACCCCGGGGGAGCGGCAGCAGAACCGGCCCUCCGUGAUCACCUGUGCCUCGGCUGGCGCCCGCAACUGCAACCUCUCCCACUGCCCCAUCGCGCACAGCGGCUGUGCCACGCCCGGGCCCGCCAGCUACCGGAGGCCACCGAGUGCUGCCACCACCUGUGACCCCGUGGUGGAGGAGCAUUUCCGCAGGAGCCUGGGCAAGAAUUACAAGGAGCCCGAGCCGGCACCCAACUCUGUGUCCAUCACGGGCUCCGUGGACGACCACUUUGCCAAAGCUCUGGGUGACACGUGGCUCCAGAUCAAAGCGGCCAAGGACGGAGCAUCCAGCAGCCCUGAGUCCGCCUCUCGCAGGGGCCAGCCUGCCAGCCCCUCUGCCCACAUGGUCAGCCACAGUCAUUCCCCUUCUGUGGUCUCCUGAAGGGAGCGCCUCCUCCAACAACACGUGGAUCUGCAUGGUUUGCCUGAGCUUUGAACAGUCAGUACUUAAAAAAAAAAAAAAAAAAAAAAAAAUCAUGGGGGUGGGGUGGGGGGAAGGGAAGGGAUGGUUUAUUCGCAAAAACCAUGUUGUUGGGAUUUUUGUUCUGUUUUUGUACUUGCUUGGUAUCCGUACAAGGGGGCCCUCAAACAUGAUAGCAGGAACUACGUGUGGAACAUCUGUCUAAUGUAGCAUCCUUACUUCCUGCCUCAGUUACCAAAGAAACCUCUGAUGCAGGUCUGCUGCCCCGACGGGGCCAGGACUCCACAGCGCUUUCUCAGUCACAAGCCAUGAUGAAUUGGUGACUCAGACGCUUUGUGCUUUUUCCUUUGCUUGAGACCGGGGUGUGUGUGGCUCAGCUUCCACGGCGUGUUUGGUUCGGUCCAUGUGUGCGCGUGUGUAUACUUGAAGAGAACUGUCGUGUCUGAUUUGCACUAUUGGAGGAGGACUAAAGUUGCCUGACAACUUUGUGUGUGAUGCCAGAACUCUUGAGGGCAAACUGCUGAAAAACAAAGGGUUUAAGGAUGACAUUUCUGACCAUUUGUGUGUUUGUUGUUGUUACUGUUUUUGUUUUUUUAAUCUAGACAAUACAGCUUUGGAAGGGGAAGUCUCAUACAGGUUAUAGGUCUUUCUCUCUCUAGAUUUCAGGUGCUUGCAACUGGACUGCAGACUCUACCAAUCACGGGCAUUUUACCUUCUCUGAACACUGCAGUUUGUUAGACUAGAGCUGAGGUUGGAGGAUUCCAUAGUGCUUUAAACGUGAUGCAUGUUUUAAUGGAGAAAAAAAUAGCUGGUUUCUAUUAAUUAUAUAGACAGUAAACAAAAACCUUAAUACUUACUAUCUUCUUUUCAGAAUUAGUUUAUUUUUGUCAGUUACAGUCCUAGAUAUACUUACUGCUGGUACAGUUGUACUCUAAGAUUUGUAUUUGAUAUUCACUUUACUCACAAGUAGUGCGGGAGGCCAGCUCCUGGCAGGCCCUCGUGAUGAGCAGUGGGUCAGCUGCGGUGUGGGAUGCUGGAGUUUGGCUGCAGGCUGACAUCAUUUAUUUUUGCAUCCCUGUCUUGCUUUGUUACAAGCUCCCAGGGGAGGUGGGGUUUGCGUCUUCCAACUUCCCUACAUGCAGAAACUGCUCCCUUUGAACUCUCUUGGCUGAAUAGCAGAUUACUGACAAUCUGUGAUAUGGUGUUUUAUACGCUUCCUCGUACGCUGGGGCCAAGGCAGUAUACAUUCCUCUAACUUUAUACUGUUAUUAUUGCAUUUAUUAUUUGCUAUAUUAAUAGCUACUAACUAGAAAUUAGAUGAAGCAAGCAUGACAGACACAGCUGUGGAGGUCACAGCUGCUCCUUUUUGGUCAAUGAGCGUUUCUAUCCCCGCCCCCUGGGGUGUGCUGUGUCCCACCUGGCCCACCAGAGGCUCACGACGAUGGCACCUGAGCAGGUGACGCGGGUGUGGUCACCUCACCUGCAAGGCUUUGUGGACUCUGCACACUGUACGACCCCUGGUUUUACAGUUUAGCUGUUGAAUUUUGGAAAUUGGCACUGGGUGAAAAGGUCGGAGGGACUGGCUCUUCUUGUAGUCACAGAGUGGCUGCAGGCCUUUGAAAAGUGGAGGAAAGAAAAGCCCUUCUCCUUGCCCCGCACACAUUUCACUCCCACUGUACUGGGCUUCCAAGCUUUGGCAUUCAGGCCCCUAUAUUUUCUGUAGGAAAAAUCGUUGAGAACACUUUUUUUAUAUAGGUAAUUUUAAGACCAUCAUUACGCUGUGCGUAAAGAAUGUACAGAGAAAUUUGUAGGUAUUUUUUGAAGAACAUUAAUUUGUUAAUGAUAUGUAGCUAUUUAAUUUUUCCCUUUCCUAUUGUAAUCAUUCAUUUUUUUUGUUGUUUGGAAAAAAAAAGUUGAUCUUUUUUUUGUCGUAGAUUUGUCUGUAAAAGUGCAGGAACACAGUUAUUCUAUGAGAACACUGCAUCUGCAUUCAUAGCCACUAGUUUGUUAUUGCUACAGGCUACUGAGCGUCGUAACAGGAAAACAACCCACUGCUGACCGGCUCGGUGGAGGACACUCCUGGGACAGGUCUCUUUGUCAGUGAACAAGGGCGUCACUCUGGGAGGGGUCGGCGGUGCUGGCGGCCAGGUCCCUGGUGCACUGACCUAUCUGGGAUAGGCAGUACCCUGGAGGGGGGCCUGGGGCAGAGGAGGCAGCAGAAAACCAAACAUUUCACUGAGAAAGAGCCCCCUCCCUGCUCAAAGAAGGGGCUCCGUGAAGUUCUUCCCAGAGCCGCGCUGCCUGCAGUGCGCUCUGACCUUCUCUCCAUAUGUGUAAAUCUGUAAUAUACCAUUCUCUGUGGCCUGUUUUUCCUGGAAGAAGAAAAAAAAAGGUUUGGCAGGCCAUCUUUUUUUGUACUUAAAAGUAGCCUUAAGAACAAUAAUAAAGUGCUCUUAAACCA